CCGCCAUUCAUUCAGACGUCAAAAUUUAGGUUUUCUUCAGUCUCUUCGCAAAUUAAAGAACAUUAUCUUUGAGGAUAACAGUACAAAUAAUUGAUUUUAACGGAUAUUUUAGGCCACAUUAAAGGACUGAACUAAAGGAAAUAGCUUGGUUUUGGAAAAAGAAAAAUUCAUCUAAUUUUAAAGACAUCCUGAGUCCAAUCACUGUGAUGUCUACCAUGUAAGGGAAGAUAACACAGCAUGAGUUAUUUCAGUUAUGUCGGCAAACUCUUUUCUAACGUCAAAGGAUUUUACAAUGAAAUCAAUGCAGCAACGUUAACAGGUGCUAUAGAUGUCAUCAUUGUAGAACAGGAAGAUGGGGGAUUCAAAUCUUCACCGUUCCACGUUAGAUUUGGUAAACUUGGGGUCAUUCGAGCUAGAGAGAAAGUGGUUGACAUAGAGAUCAAUGGAGAGGCCAUUGAUUUACAUAUGAAGUUAGGAGAAUCUGGUGAAGCCUUCUUUGUUACAGAGAUACUGACAGACGAAAAUGUGGAGGAGAUUCCGGCUCAUUUGGCCACAUCACCGAUGCCCUCUAGUGUUGACCUCAUGGAGAAGGGAGUAAUGGAGAUGAAGAAGAAACAUGGAGAGAAAAGGAAAAAAACAAAGAAAAUCAAAGACCUAGACGAAGAAGAAGAGAGUGAACAGAAUGAAGCGACAGGGCAAGACAGUUUGACAGAGGCAAAUGAACAGAGUAGGAAAGUAAGAAGAAAACGAUCAACAAAAAGGAAGAAUCAGACAGAAACCCCAAAAGUUGAAUCCAGAACAGAUGACUCUGAAAUCUUUGAGAUCGAUGACGUUUCUUCUGACGAAGAAUUAGCAAAUCUUGCCUCCUCCAGGAUUCCUCCUGGCUUGUCAAAGUCUAUCAGCCUCCCUGUUGUUGAGGAGAAUAAGUUUGAACGUACACGGGAGUGGGCUACACUAUCAUACGAUGGAUUCUCUCAUGUAUUUAGUGACACAGAAAUGUCACCAGUUAGUAGCCCAGUUGGAAGCAGGCCACCCUCCCCUAAGAGUGAUACUGAGGUGGAAUGUCACAGACAGUCAAAAGAAUCAUUCUUCACUGAAGAAGAUACAACACUAUGGGAAUGGGGAGAUUUGCCUAGGAAGUCUGUGACAGAGGUGCCAAGCUCUGCUGGUGAGACAGAGUCAAGAGACCAUAUAAUGGAUCCGAAGCAAUCGUCAUCAGGGUUGUUCCAGUUUAUGAAGAGUACAAGGAAUGUCCGACACAAACCUGAGUUAGAGGGAAUAUAUCUUGAUGAUCUGAACUUAGAGGAAAUGAGUCCUGAAGUCGCUAAGCUAUACUUUCCAAAAAGAAUGUCGCAUAUGUUUCACCAGACACAGUUCCAGUCAAUCAGAGAAAGAGAAGAAGACACAGAAUCUGGUCGUGGUGCCUCACUUCCUGUCUCCCCUAACUCAGUAGAGGGCGCUGUAUGUGGACCCCCUGUGUCCUUUCUGAGGUCUGAGGUCAAAUCUCUUGGUGCCUACUCUAUGUCUCUCUGUGGUGGUUUGUCAGAAGGUGUGACCUUGGAGAAGUUCAUGCAGAAGAUUGUGACCUAUGAGGACCUUUGUGACAAUCUUGGAAUGAUCAACAACCCAGACCUUGUCAUUCGUAUUGAAGAAAAGUAUUAUAACUGGAUGACAGCAGCACCAAUGAUUCUGGCUCACCUGGUGUUUGAAAGGAAUCUUCCACUGUCUGCUAUGAAGAAAUUGACAGAUGAGUAUAUGCCAAAAAAGAAAGAAAAGAGGACUAGUGGUGUGUCGUCAUGGUUUUCAUGGGGGAGGUCAUCCAAGGUUAUAGAUCAGUCACAGCCACAGGACAAACAGGCCGUUCAGACAUCUAUGUCUGAUUCUGAGAUAGGAACAGGAAAGACGACUGAUGAAAAUUCCACAUUGAGUCCCCCUACAAGCCUGCCUGCCAGUGUAUCUGGUAGUCCAAGAAAAGUCAGAAAAAAUACUGAUAACAGUUUGGCUGAUGAUGAUCAUACCUCCAGUGAAGCUGAUACAGAUUCAGAUAGGAAUGAGGCUCACAAAAGGGUCACUUCAGAGGUUUAUAAGAAGACAAUCAGAUUGGACUCAGAUUCUAUUAAAAAGCUGAAUUUACAGCCUGGAUGUAAUGAGAUUGUUUACUCUGUUACAACACAGUUCCAGGGGACAAAGAAAUGUACAAGUCAUAUCUACCUGUGGAGAUAUGAUGACAAAAUCAUUGUCUCUGAUAUUGAUGGAACAAUUACUAAAUCUGAUGUUUUGGGACAGAUACUACCCAUUAUUGGUAAAGAUUGGUCACAGUCUGGAGUAGCUCAGCUGUAUACCUCCAUCAACACAAAUGGUUACAAGUUUCUCUAUCUGUCUGCUCGUGCUAUAGGACAAUCAAAGGUCACCAAAGAUCUACUGAAGAGUAUAAAACAGGAAGUACAUGUCCUUCCAGAGGGUCCACUUCUGCUAUCACCAACAUCUCUAGUCAGUGCUUUCCACAGAGAAGUGAUUGAGAAGAAGCCAGAGGAGUUCAAAAUAGCCUGUCUGAAGGACAUUGGUAGCUUGUUCCCUCCCUUUACCCAAGCUUUCUAUGCAGGAUUUGGCAACAAAAUUAAUGAUGUUUAUGCAUACACAGCCAUCAAUAUUCCACCGUACAGAAUCUUUACAAUCAAUCCACGUGGAGAACUCAAACAAGAAUCACACUUUACAUUCCAGUCGUCGUAUGUAAGCCUUACUGAUAUAGCAGACCAUUACUUUCCCCCGGUUAUACAUGAGAAUGCAUUGGAAAGUAGUGAGUUCAGUAACACAACAUUUUGGCGGGAACCACUUAUACAAAUUGAAGACACAGAGCUCCAGCUUUUGGUUGGACCACCGAAAUGACGUGACGCACCAAUGGGUAACCAGUCUAAGAUGUUAAUAGAAAACCAGUUGAACAAAAUGGUUGGCAAUCAGUAUUAUAUCCAUAGCAAUAACAGCAUUGACCUGCUGGACGAUAUUUUUGAAGAUCAUGGCGAAGACCAAGAUGAUAUUGGACAGGCCAUUCAGAUGUCCGAUGAAAAUGGAAAGGAUAUGUCAAUUUGGUUGCUACCAUUUAAAAUUUAUCUGUAAAGAUUUCUGUAUUCAACAUAUUCUCCCCAACUUCAAAAUACAGUUGUAUGCUAAAUGGUGAUCUGAGUUAAAAAAAAAAAAAAACCAACAAAAAUGAACUAUAAUAAAAAGUUUUUCCCUAAAAAAAUUGCCAUAUGACCAAAAAUUUAAUUUUUGAAGAAAAUGAUGUUUUGAUAUUCAAAUAUCAUAAGGUUUUAUGCAUUUGUAUUGGACUGAAAUAUAAAUGAAAGACACAUCAGUACACACAAUGACGUAUGAUUUGAUAUGGAAAAACAGUACAGAAUAACUUGCAUUACAAUCAGAAACUAAUAUAUAUAUUUUAGAUUUUUCAAUUAAUAGUUGUAUUAUAUAAUUUCAUUGUUUAUUGACAGGGUAUUAGAGCAUUUUUAAGCAUAUUUUUUUUCAAAUCAAUUUAUAUUUGGUUGUAGUUCAGUUAUGCUAUCAGUUACACUUUCAGGAAUAUAUAUUUAUUGCUUAAGAUAAGUUUCAGCAUUAACAUCAGUUAAGUAUUUAGUGAAGAAAUACUGGUUACUCAUUGGGUUAUUAUUGUGUUAGGGCUAUUCCAGGAAACAGCAUGAUACGGUUGAGGGAUGUUGCAGGGUUGAAUAGCACUUUCCCCCCAAAAGUCCAUCCAUACAAUUUAAAUUAGAUAUUAGAUAGAAAUAUGAUGCACUUUUGUGUGAAUCUUGUUUUGGACCCUGCUACACCAAUAUUGAUAAUAUUAGGUGAUUUCUUACCCCUCUCCCAUUGUGGAAUAGCCCUUAGAAGUGAUUUAAGUUAAAUCUCAGGUUUUUUUAUGUGUUAGAUAUUUUCAUUGUUUUUCAUUACUAGACAGGUUGAAUUUUUUGUGGAAACUAAGAUAAUUUUGCAACUAAAUACAAAAGUAGUUACAUUUCUAAAAUAGAUGUGACAAAGCUGUUAUUAUUUUCCAAACAAUCUCCAUGACAACUUAUACAUAUUCUUUGAUUGAUUUUGAAUACUUCAAAUUGACAUGCAGCCAUGAAAGACAAUUUACAUUUGUCUGAAAAUAAAAUUACUCGUGUAGCCUCCAUUUCAUUUUAAUUAUUGACUAGUCUGUAUUAAAGAUAUCUAGUUUUUUCUAGUAGUAACCAGUAAUACAUGCCUUAGUUUUCCACAAAAAAUUAAACCUUAGUUUAGGAAUUAUCAUGAUAAUUAUUUGAGGUCAAUUGUUUUAUGUCUAUAACAUGCUCAUUCCAAUACAAAUAUUUAUUUCCGUUAGUUAUUCCUGGACCUUUAUAUAAAAAAAAAAUUGAGUCCUCAGAUUCAAUACCUGAAGUUCUAGGACAAGUUUAGAAUUAUUUUAUGUCUUGAAGAAAAAUUUAAAAGAUUUUCCUACUUAUAAGGUAAUGAUAAGUUAGUUUUAUAAAGUUUUGGUAUAGAAAUUCAAAUUCCAAAAAUGUAUUUGAAAUAUGUCUGAUUAUUAUUUUUUUUUCUGAAGCAUUUAUCUAGAAUUCAUUCACAAUUUGCAAAAAAUAUUUUUCAUUUUUUAUUGGAAUUUGAUCAUAUAUGAUAUUUAUGUAUGAUUAUUCUAAUAAUCCAAUAUCAAAUGACUAGAUAUUUUCUAUGUGUCUACUAUGUAAACAUUUAGGCCACACCCAGUCAUGGGAUAUUAAUUAUGUAAUAAAUAAGUCGGAUUAUUCAGUUUGGUAAUUUAGUAUGUUAUUGACAUGAAAGUAAUUGACAGUGUAGUUAGAAAGCUUACGUUUUAUUAAGCUGGUGUUCUUUAUUAGAUUUUUGUAUCAAACAAGAUAGUAUUAGAGAUUUGUUUCAGGUCAUUUUGUAUAUUGUUGCAUUGGUGUGUAAUUUUAGGUAAAGGGAAGUAAUUUCGUUAUGAAACUUAAGUUAUCUACCUUCAUUUUUGCAGGUGUUUUUCUUUGUGUUCAGAACCAUCAAAAAUUCAUAUAAAGAAUCCAUUUUGAUGAUGUGAAAGGUUUUAAUUGGUUUAAUUUUGGUUUCAAGUAAAGCUUUGUGGGUGCAGCUUAUUUUAAAGGCCAAUUUUGACAAUUGCUUUAUUUUCUGAACACCAAUAAUAUCUUUAUUCUGAAAAACACUUUUUUGAGACAUGAAACAUCUGUUUCAAGUUCAUGUGUUGUUCUUCUCCAUUUUAGAAUUUUUGUUUUACCUGUAUUUUGUUCAUGAAUUUUGUUUAUUAUGAGACACAGAUACAGCUUCUUUCAAUAACUUAGAUUGUUUUUCUCUAACUGUUGAUGUGUAUUUCUAAUUUUCAGUCUGUACUCCAGAUUCGUUUUCUUUUAAAUGAUUAAUGACUUUUGAACAGCGAUAUACUGCUGUUACCUUUAUGGAUAAAAGGCAUAUUUGUCUUUCAUUCUUCAUAGACCUAGCUUCUUCAGAUAACUAGGAUCUUAAAGUCAUUUUUGUCUCUCAUUCUGUUUAGAAUUGGUUCAAGGUAGUCUCAUAUUAUCAUUCAGAGUUGAUCUCAGUUAAUCAGACCUCACCGUUUUAUUGACUUUUGUUUUUGUUUUCCGGUGUCUAUCCUUAUUAUUUUUGGGUGAAAAAGAUGAAAUUAGAUAUUUUGUCAUAGACGAAUCAGUCAAAUUUGUGAAAUGUUGAUUUUAGCUAGUUUCAACCUUUCAUAUUUCAAUUUUAAAAAGGAAGUUGCAAUUUGUUUGUUGUACAACAGUUAGUUACAGUUUGAUUAUGUGUUUUAAUACAUGAUGACCUGUGUGGCAAUUAAUCUUGGGGAUUUCAUCAUUUUUUUUUAAAUGUUGGAAGCUGCUUGAAAAACUCGGAAAAAUAUUGUAAAUAUUUUAGGUCACAAAUAAUAGAAUUAUUAUAGAAAUUGAAGCAUUAAGGUGGUACCUAACACUACAGGGAGAUAACUCUGUAAAAUCAGCUAAACGUUUAAAUUACGUUGUGGUGUUAAUGGAAUAUUAAGCUUCUCAAUGAUCAAAAUUGGUGUUUGUCAAACUGCUAUAUAACCAGUGUAAUUUUUCUGAUAAAACGGUUGGUUCAAAAUUUUUGAAAUUUAUUUUUUUUUGUUAAAGGGUCAAAGUAAAUACUUUGUCAAAAAUUUAAUGAAAAUUAAACGAGCCAAAUUGAUUUUAGUGAAAGUGUUAGGUACCACCUUAAUAUUUUGUACAUAUUUCAUGUUAACUUUUGGUGCUAUUUAUCACAGUUUCAUGUAUGUGUGUUGUAAUUUUUUCAAGCUUUUUCAUACCAUUUUUCAAAUUAUAUGUUAAAUGUUGUCAGAUCAAUUGCUAAGACUUUUGAAUUGACCAGGGAAAGGAAGGGACCAUGUUUCAUACAGAAUACCGUAUAGCGGGUUAUUUUCGCGGGUGUAAAAUUUCGCGAUUUUCAUUGAAUCAGGUAUACGAAAAAUUUUGGCGGUUAUUAUUUUGGCGGAUUCAACAUUUUUAACAUUACCUUUGCAUGUACACUUUUAAAUUGGCGGAAUUUAUUUUGGUGAUUUUGUACUAACCGCGAAAAUAAGCGAAAAUUUACACCCCGCGAAAAUAACCCGCUAUACGGUAGUUCCCAUAUGUUUACAUCAGUUUGACCACUUUAUCAGAGUCCUUACCAUUCCUAGUUUAUACAAAACGUGAUAUAUUUAUAUUGUAUGAAGCUUAUGGUUAAAUGAUAACCAACUGAAUAUAUAAAUCAUAAAUUUUCCUCUCUCUCCAUGAUAUGUGAGUAGAUGUUUUUGUAAAUAGGAUCUGUUUUUUCAGCAUGCAUGCUAAAUAACUUGGAAAAGAAGUUUAACAUCAAUAUUUACACUAAAGGUUAUUUAAAAAUUGACGAAGGAGCUGUAAAUUUAAUAUUUUGAGUCUCAAUUAUAAGUGCUGUUUAUGAUCAGAUGUUUUGUUUAAGAUACAGUUUCAUUUGUGAUCUUUUUAUUAACAGAGUCAGAGAAGUUGCUUUAAGUCAUCUUCUCUAUAUAUACAUGGGUCUUUCGUUUUAAAAACCCUGAAUUAUAGUGUUAACAUACGUCUUUCUGUUAUUAUUUUUCAAGAGUGAUGUAUUAUUAUUUUUUUUUUUAGAAUUCUCGUUAGUCAAAAUGUUACCAUCCAUGACAUUUCUCAUUUAACUUCAAACAAAUUAAGUUGUGCAAUAAUUAUUAAGGUUUUGUGGUGCAUAAAUCACUGUUGAAUGAAUAAAUAAAAUAUAUCUUAGGAUACUUGACAUUGAAGAUGAUGCUUCCAUUUGGUGCACUUUCGUUAAAUGAUGAAUUUUAAUUUGUUUUGUAUACUCAAAAUAAUUAAUUCAAAAGAAACCCAGAAUAAAUAUUUAACAAUGAACAAAAAUAGUUCAGAAUUCUGAAUAAUACAUUUGAUAAAUCAAAAAAACUUGUUAAUUCAAAUAAUAUAUAAUUAGUCUUUCUUGUAAGUAAAUAGUCACACUUGGUUAAACAUGAAAUGUUCAUAUCAAGUUAAUUGUGAUAUCGGAGUAGUAAUCAUAAUCUGUUUUGGGGCUGCUCAGUGAUAGAGAGAAUUUAUAUAGGUUGUUGUCUCUUUGACACAUUUCCCAUUUCCAUUCUCAAUUUUAUGAAAGUAAAAGUUGAAAUAUUGUACCAAACAUGUGUAUGAUUGAUGAUUAGUGUGGAAAUGGCUAUAAACGUCAGACUAGUAAAUAUAAUCUGGUAUGGUGCUGCUCUGGGAUAGAGAGAAUUCUAUAUAGAUUAAGAUUAUGAAAUAAAGUUAAAAAUAUUGACCAAACAUAUGUAUGAUUAAUGAAUAGUGUGGAAAUGACUAUAGACACCAGAGUGGUGAUUAUAAUCUGGUUUGGUUCUGCUCAGUGAUAGAGAGAAUUUAUUUAGAAGAGACUGUAAAAAAAGUUGAGAUAUUGUACAAAACCUGCAGUACACAGGAAUUGAUUGGUUUAAAGAUUAAAUUAAAUUGUGAAGAAUUGAUUAUAACAUUAGUUUUGUCAGAAAUUGGGAUGAUUGUCAAUCUUUAAGCUCAUUAGUGAACACAUAUAUCAUUUCGUUUUGAAUGUUUAACUAUUUUAAACCAACAAAAAUCUAUAUUUUAUCAGUGUAUAUUUACUGUUAGUGACAAAAUAGUUAUGUAUUCAUUGCAGAUAUAUAUUGAUGUAUUGUUUGUAUUGCUAAGCUGUAUGUCAUUUUGUAAAUUCACAAACAUUUUGUGUUUAAAUGCUGUAUAAAUGCUCCUGCUUGUUUGUCCUAUAGUUAUAUGUGUCAUGUACCACACUGUGUGAUUGCAAGUAAUGUAAAUCAUGUAUAUUUUUUUUACUUUCAUAAUGACUGUCUCUGCUUGUGUUUAAGGUGUUUUUCCUUUAAUCAUGGAAUAAUUUCACUGAUUUAAUGACGAUUUAAUAGUCAUGGAAAGUCCCACAUUUGCUUUCCUACUCUUGUAGUAGUUAGUCGUAAAUAUUCUGAAAUAGGUACGGUUUCCUCAAAUUUCAGUUAAGAAAAAGUUUUAGAAUCUAUGUUGUAUUCAGCAAAGUUGACCUUGUGCAUUUUAUUUUAAAAAAAUGGGUAUCCAUUUAAAACACAUUUUUAGAAUCGAAGCUGCUCAAUUUUCAUUUUUGUAAAGAGGAUGGAAGGGACAAUUUCUAUUAUUUCAAGUUUGACAAUGUGGAACUUUCCAUGAUUUCUGACCGUCUGUAUUCAUUUGAAAAUCAAAUAGUUUUGGAAAUUACCUGUGAAACAAUAUGUUUUCAUGUUAGUUUUUGAAAUCAAUUUAUCUGUAAUUGAGCAUCUUGCUGUUGCAUUUUACAUAACUGUAUUAUAGAUCAUAGAUCAAAGAAUGUUUGUUGUCUGAGAGAGAUUUUGUUUACCAUAUGUUUAAGUUUGAUGAUAGAUAUUAAAAAUAUUUCCAAUA